AAACUCGAUUUGCGUUUUGCAACGGAAGAACUGUUCGUCGUGCUCAUGUAUGCUGCCGGCUCAAAGGUGUGAAAUAGUGAUUUUACAAUCGUGAUAUCUAAUAAGGAUAUAUAAUAUUGUAAUAUUUUCGAAGUGAUCGGAAGGGGUGAAAUUAAAACUUCUAGCACAAAAAAAUGUCACAACCCAAGGAAGAGGACAGAGACUCAGAAGAUGCUGCACCUCUACCACAUUUCCGUAACCUAAGAAUCUCAGGUGAUGAACAGAAAAGAAAGUCUGAUGUCUUGCCUGGAAAAACUGCUGUUUUGUCCUGUGGUCAUCAAAUGCCAUUGGAUUACUUGAUUUCAUGGUGCAAGUACUAUCUAAAGCAGGAGAAGACUGAAUUCACUUGCCCAAGAUUUGAUGAGUACAAGAAGGGUAUAUGUGGCACAAAAUUCUCUUAUCAGGACAUGUGCCAUACAGUUCCACUAACUCCCUCACUGAAGGAAUUCUUCGAAGAGAGACUUGGGGAGCUAACUGCAGCAAGAUUCUGUGAAUUUAAAGCUUGCCCAGGAUGCCAGUCGUAUGUGGAGAGAGCUGAUCAGAAGAACCUGUGUGUCCACUGUACUGUAUGCACUGCCAGGAUGGGAUGCUCCUAUGAGUUCUGCUGGAAAUGCAGGAGGAAAUGGAAAGGAGCAGCACAAAAUACUGUGCACUGUGGCUACAAUGACUGCAGACAGACAGAGACUUCUCAAAAAAAGAGAGAUUUGAUAAAGUUAUGUCAGCCUGCAUUCAAGACACAAAAGCUUCAGACAGAAGAGAUCUAUUCAACAAAGGAGAAAUCCAAUGACAGACAGCGACUGGCUAUGAUCAUCAACAACGUUGAAUUCAGAGUAAAGAACCUUAAUCGGAGGGGAGCAGAGAAGGAUGAAGAGAGUAUGAAGUCUCUGCUUGAAGCCUUGGGUUAUGGUGUAAUCACACUGAAUGACCUGUCUGCAGCGGGGAUGGAGGCUGCCUUGAGAGACUUCUCACAACAUAAAGAACACAGAUAUUCAGACAGCACAUUUUUUAUCAUGAUGUCCCACGGUGGACCUGAUGGAAUUUAUGGCAUUAAUUUUGAUGACAAAGAAGGUGACAUUCUCCCUGUGGACAGAAUCUUCCACUAUCUCGGCUCUGAGAACUGCCCCGGACUAACAGACAAGCCGAAAAUCAUUCUGAUUCAGGCAUGCAGAGGAGAUAAAGAAGGCCAUGUGUGGGUAUGUGAUGGUGUAAGGUCCAAUAAAGGAAUAAAACAACACCGUGAGAAAGAUUUUGCCUGCUUCAGAUCCUGCACACCAGACACUGUAUCCAUCAGGAAUACUGGCUCUGGUUCAUUAUUCAUUCAGAGCCUUGUUAAAAUCUUCAGUGAACACGCUCAUGAGGACGACAUAAUGGAACUGUUCAGAAAGGUUGCUCACUGGUUUGAAAAAGCAGCAAAGGAAGAUGAAUUUCCCUAUCAAAUGCCAAGUUUGGACAGAACUACUCUUGUAAAUAAAUUUUACCUGUUUCCUGGACUUUGACACAAGAGCUCAGGUUGCUGCCAUUUCCUUAAGAAUUAAUUGGUCUUUGUAAUAUAAGGGUUGAAUGUUUGAAUUGAAGUAAUAUUUCCCUUAUUAUGUUAUACAAUAAAUAUGAACUGUACACACCUAUUCAGUGCAGAUGAAAACAUUUCUAUAUCUUUAACAUGGAAGAGACACCAAUAAGCUGCUCUGAUGUACACCCCAUCUAAGUACAAGAAGGACUUCUUGCUCAGAGGUUUGUGUUUCUUCAUCAAGAGUUAAAGGUUUGAUAGACAAACUUGUCUUUCAUGCAGAAAAACAUUCUUUUCUGUAGGAAUCAUUCAUUUUAUAUGAACAAAACUGUGGGUACAAUGGGUUAAUUUUUGUAUAGAAAACCUGGGAUCUCUCUACAAUAUUUUGCAGAAGGAUGAUGAAAAUGAAGCAGUAAUCUUAAAUAAAUCUUUAUAUCUUCAUCUUUAUUGAGUGUUCAGCUAUAUUUUAUUUUUCAUGUUCCUAGAGGCUAUAUGUAGAGUGGCCAAUAAAUGAGCCUUUUUGAGUUGUCCCAA